AUGAGAGAGAACCUGGCAAACAUGGCAUUCACAGACUGCAUGACACCUGCUGACCUGUUCCCAGAGGGAGUGGGGUUAAAGAGGAAAAACUGGGGAACCAGAAUAAGAUUCAUGCUGAAGACAAACUCUUCCCACUCGGUUUUACAUCUCGUGAGAAACAGACGAUACAGGCCGAGUCCGGAUGACGUGAGCCAAUGGGCGCAGUCACUCGACAAACUACUCAGUCAUAAAUACGGCAAAAUGAUCUUCCGCAUCUUCCUGAAGUCGGAGUUCUGCGAGGAGAACAUCGAGUUCUGGACGGCGUGUGAAGAGUUCCGAACGCUCACGUCGCACAAAGAGCUGGUGUCCAAGGCCAGCAGCAUUUACGAGGAGUUCAUCAGAAGCGAAGCUCCCAAGGAGAUUAACCUGGAUUACCACACGAAGAACCACAUCACAGAGAGUCUGGACGACCCGACGGCGACCAGCUUCCUGGCGGCUCAGAAGAAAGCCUACAGCCUGAUGGAGAACAACUCGUACCCGAGGUUCAUCCACUCCGACCUCUACAAGGAACUGUGUUCCCGGGCGCAGGCCAAGCACAUCCGGCCCUGGUCCAACUGA